CGAUGUGAAUACUGUUAUUAAUUUUCAAAUUGUUUGUGUUGUUAUUCUGUUGUAGCCACUCUCCAGGUGAUGUCCUUAUGGUACAGCCAAGUAAUCUACAUGAUGUUGUACAAGAAUUUAUCAAUCAUUUAUCACUUCAAUGGGACCAAACAUUCUACCUUGAACAGAAUGAUCCAGAUCUACCUGUUCCACACCAGCUUCCUCAGCCAUGCUCCAUUCAGCAUCUUGUGGAACAUUAUUUAGACAUCCAAGGUGUUCCAAGAAGAUACUUCUUUGAGCUUCUUUCCCAUUUCACAAGUUCAGACCUGGAAAAGGAAAAACUUCUAGAGUUUUGCUCUGCAGAAGGUCAGGUACAAGCAAAGUUUGCUGUAUUUAACUGGUAACAAAAAGUUGU